GAAAAUAAAAAAAUAACAAUUAAAAAAAUUAAAUGUUUUUUAAUUUUUGCAGCACUAUUCUGACAUAUUUCAGUUAUUUAAUAGUUUCGCAACACUGACUUUUCCUCUGCACAUGGCCAAAAUUCAAAACAAAAAAAAUACAAACUAAUAACAAAGAAUUACAAUGAAUCCGUUUGAAAUAAAAGAUAUACCGGGAAAAGGCCGAGGAAUGGUAUCCACAAAACGUUUUGCAAAAGGAGAUAUUAUUUUGGAGGAGGAGCCUUUUGUUUCUUCGCAAUUUUCUUGGAAUGCUGCAUACGGCUAUGCAGCUUGUAACCACUGUAUGAGACCUUUGGAAACAAUAACUGAAAAUGUACACAGACUUGCAAACAAUCCUUUAGUACAUGUUCCUAUGCAGGAACAAGACCCAACUCUACAUUGGAUAAACCAAUUCACUGAAUGCAAGUUUUGCAAAACACGUUAUUGCUGUGAAGAUUGUCGUAUAGAUGCCUAUAAUAAGUAUCAUCGGUUUAUGUGUUUAGGUAAAUUCGUAGAUGACGAUUCACAUCCCAUAAAUAUACUUAAUGACACCUGGAAAAAAAUGCAUUACCCACCAGAAACGAGUAGUAUUAUGCUAUUAGUACGUUUAAUGGCCAUGUAUUCACAAAGUAAAAAUAAACAGGAGUUUAUGGACCAACUGAAAUCAUUUCAAUCGGAUAUAAUUAACAGAUCAGAAAAUAUUUACCAUAAAAUGCUUGGUGAGAGUUACGAGAAGCAAAUGGAGCAAUUGUUCAUGUCAUUUUGCAAUGCUUUCAAAAGUGAAGAAUUUUCUGAAUUUACCACUCCAGAUUCGUUUAAAGCUUUGCUCGGCUUGGUUGCUACAAAUAGUCAAGGUAUAGCAACAAGUGUCUUAGCAGACUGGGUAAAAAAGGCAUCUGCUAUACCACUGCCUACCCAACAAAAAGAAGUUCUAGAAGAACAUAUUAAUUCAAUAUAUAGCGCAGUAGAUGAAUUCGCUGGUGAAUUUCUUAACAACGAAGGGUCUGGGCUUUACUUGAUACAAAGCAAAAUAAAUCACAGCUGCAUUCCAAAUGCUGCAUCGACUUUUCCAUAUUCAAGUGAUAUUGUUGUGUUAGAAGCGCUUAAGCCUAUUGAACCUGGUGAAGAGAUUUGCAUAUCUUACUUGGAUGAAUGUCAGUUGAAUAGAAGUAGACACUCACGACAAAAGCAUUUAAAAGAAAACUAUAUUUUUGUUUGUUCAUGUCCGAAAUGUAUAGAACAAGCAGGGGAUCCAAAUGAAACAAGCGAAGAUGAGGAGGAUGACGAUGGUAUGGAUUUAGAUAAUGAUGACGAUAUGAUGGAAUAAAUUCACUGUAAAAAUAUAAACAUAAAACACUUACAUCGAAAUCUAUAUAUUUUUUAUGAAAAUACCACGACUUUGACAUCAGAUUUAUUUUUUAUUACAUACUAAAUAACUAAUGUAUGUAUGGAAUUUUAAAAUAAAAUUCUAUUUACA